AUGAACAUUCACUUAUGGCUACAAUUCAUUGUGUUAGCUCUCUGUAUCGUAGUAGCCGUAGCAACAGAUUAUUAUGAAGUCUUAGGUGUUAAACGAGAUGCUAGUGAAAAGGAAAUUAAACGUAAAUUUCGCCAACUAGCAUUAAAAUUUCAUCCAGAUAAAAAUAAAGAUCCGAAAGCGGAAGAAAAAUUUCGUAAUAUAGCCGAAGCAUACGAUGUAUUGAGUAAUGCUGAUAAACGUCGUGAAUACGACAUGCAAGGACAUCAAUCAUUUAAAUCUUCAUCAAAUCAAGGUGGCUUUUCUGGUUUUCAUUUUGAUAUGAAUGAUUUUUUUAAACAAUUCGAUGAAGCUUCUGCUCAAUUUCAUCAUACUAAACAUCAAGCACAUCAUGAAGCACACUAUAAAUCCCAUCAGCAAUCCCAUAAACAGGCUCAUGAACAAGCGCAUAAAAAAGCGCAUGAAAAGUUUUUCAACUUUGAUUUUGGUUCACUUUUCGAUGAUGACGAUGACCUGGGAACGGAUGUAAAUAAUGCUGGUACCAAUAAUUUCGGAUUUGGUGAUAUGCUUGGAGAAUUCGGUAGUGCUUUUGGUGGCGAUAAUGUUCAUGUGCAUACAACAGGUUUUACUCAACACACUACUCAUCAACAUUGCCAAACUGUAACUCGACGAGAAGGAAAUCGAGUAUCGACGAUCACCGAGUGUAAUUAG